GCGUCUGUGACGCAGUAAUCUUGCGCCAAUCAAGGACCAAACACAAUUCCCCUACGACGGUUGAAGUUGAAUAUGUGUAACGUUCCCAUAACGAGGUCAUGAAAGCGGAAUCGGUCCAGAAUGAAGCGGGGGGAGGUAUUUCAGCGAGCUGCAGCUAUGAAAACCGUCCGACAGGCGCCUCGGAGCAGCAGCAUCAGUCUGAGGAGAACCCCUUCACUUUCGUCCCUCAGCUCAUCCGCCUGCACAAGGAUCACCAGCUGUUCGAGGAUGGAGACAUCAUCAGACACAUGUAUCUUCAGGACCUCUACAUCUCAGAGGCAGAGGACAAACCCACGCUCAGUGUGUCAGAGUUCGCCUGUCACAUCUCUGGCUGCACUGGACUCUUUAGUACUUUGGAGGACUAUGAGCACCACUACAACUCCUUGCACAGACACGUGUGCUGCUCCUGCCGUCGCUCCCUGCCAAGUGCCCGGCUCCUUGAUAUUCACAUUCAGGAGUGGCAUGACUCCCUCUUUACAAUUCUUGCCCAGAAGCAAGACAUGUACCAGUGUUUGGUGGAAGGAUGUGGACAGAAGUUCAGGACCUGUAAACAAAGAAAAGACCACCUAAUGAAAAUACAUAAAUAUCCACCAGACUUCAGAUUUGACAAAGCUAAAAAAGACAGAGGAUCCAGAGAAGUGAAUAAACAGCAGCAGAAGGACACAGCCAUGGAGGUAGUAGGGGAUGUGUGUGACUCUGAGGGUGUGUGUGAGACUAUGGGCAAUGCCCUGUCCAACCGAGAUGAGCAAGAGGAAUCCAUGGAGAUGCAUGUGUCCGGGGAAGAAGCUGCUCUCAACAGGGAUUUGUCUGCUACGUCUCAGGACUCAGAAACAACUGCAGAACCAAUAAAACCACAAUAUUCAUACAGGGUUCCUUCGACUGUGUGCUUCGGUCAUGGCUCAGUCCGAAGCUUUAGAGGACGACGGGGCAGGAGGAAGUGAAGUACUGCAAUUAGACAUGGUCUUAUGUGUUCUUUGAAAAUGCUUUUUUAAGAUAAAAUGUCAAAUGUGUAAGUAACUUGUAAUAAAUGAAUAUUUUAUUCAGGUACUGAAAGUAGGAUAUUUUUUCUUGCUGUGUUGUUUUUUUGGACUUUUUUUUGUUUUUGUUCAUCUUACACAGGACCAAGUGUGUGACCAAGUGUAAUUAUAAAUGAUAGUGUUAAUGUAAUUUUGCAAGAAAGUUAUGCAAUUGGAUGCAGAUGACUUUCUAUUACUGGAAAGGUUUGGCAGAAGGGU